CAAAUUGGCCGUUAUAUACGACGUGAUGAAUCAGCAUUUUUCACACCCAAAGCCAGUGAGCGUAUAAAACCAGCUGGCCAAAGACAAAGUAUCUUAACAAGUCAUCUAAAUAAUAACAACACUAACAACACUUACAACAACACCAACAACAACACCAACAACAACAAUAAUCAUGCUAAAAUAACAGCAACAUCACCAACAACACCCACUUUAUUGGCCAAUGGUGUAAAUAAUAGUAAUAAAAAAUUCAUUACCAAAAAGCCACGUUCCAUAAACAAUGGCCAAUUAAAUACGAAUGGUUUAACAAAUGGCACAGCAGCGGCCAAUGCCAAACAUCAUCCUCAUCCAACACAAAGCUCAAAAAAGCAAAACAAAUUAAAACCGGUCAAAGAGAGAAGACCCACAGCAUUGCCCACCGAACAACCGACAAUUGAAGGCAAUACGGCUACAGAGAAUGGUAAUGACAAUAAGGCGAAAUUUUUUAUAGGCACCCAUGAUGAAAAUGAUAAUACCGAUGAGGAGGAGGAGGAGGAUGGGGAAGAGGAUAGGAAAGAUUCUGAAGAGAUGUUGGUAGUAGAUUUUACUGAGGAUUGUGUGGAUAGUAAAUAUACAUCACCCAAUACUUCGUUCAGUUCGAAAACUUUUGAUAUUUUAAAUGCCAAAUUGCGCAACAGUAAGCUACCCAGCAAUACUAGUAAUAAACUGAGUAAAUUUACACGUACCCCCACCAAUAACUCAACACUGUCGUCACAACAUGAAGUGAUAUUGGAAAAAGACAUAGUAAAUAUACCACCACCACCGCCCUUGCCACCAUCGCCCCUAGUUGUAGCACACUCAUCCUCGAUAUUAUCCCUUAAGAAUUCGAAAAGUAAACGUAGCUCAUGUGACACCGCUGCUGCUGUACAACAGCAGCCGUAUGCAGUAGCACCAUCCACACCCACCAUACAAGAAGAUACAACAACGACAACGAGUAGAAAUUUAACGGAAACGGAAGUGCAUAAAGCAUCAACAGCAUCAUCAUCAGCACUAACAGCAUCAACGCAUAACGGAUGUGCUAAAGUAAGAUAUUUUCUACAUGCAACAUGCAUGACUGACAAACAGGCAAACAUGCAUUUAAUCACAUUUUUUUUCCUCACACACAACUCAAGCACAUCAUCACAACCACCCACUCAAUCACUAACACACACACACACACACAUGCCUAAAUCUUUUCACUUCCUUGCUUUUUUUCUGCAGGACCUUAACUAA